AUUUUCGAGAAGUCAAACGCACCUAAUUGACAAUCGCGACGCGAGAAUAGGCUACUUGACGUGACUAGGCGCUUCCUCAUCCACUGUGGUUUUCGGGAUCAUUGGAAGGCAAUCAAAUUGAACAGCCUCCAGGAUUUCAUCUUCAAAGCACAAAAUGUUCAGUGCUUCCAGUCCAGAGACUCACCCAAUGCAAGUUGCUCCCGCAGGCUCUGAUGCAGACAGGAUUGUAGUUAACGUUGGUGGUGUGCGACAUGAAACACACAAGAGCACCCUCAUGUGCAUCCCUGGCACACGCCUGGCCAACCUCGUCUCUGACGCCAGUGCUGACCCACUGAAACACCCGACCUCUGAGUUUUUCUUCGACCGGGACCCGAAAGCAUUCGCCCCCAUCUUAAACUACUACCGCACCGGGAAACUGCACUGCCCGGCAGACGUGUGCGGUCAAUCGCUUGAAGAGGAGCUUUCCUUCUGGGGAGUCAGUGAAACCGACGUGGAGCCAUGUUGCUGGAAGAACUUCCGACAGCAUCGGGAUGAAGAGGAGGCGUUGGCUGCGUUCGAGCCGGAUGAGGGACCCCCAGACUACGACUCCCUGGUGGGGGGACCCGGGAGGGUGCAGACAAAAGCUUGCAUGCCGAAAAUGUGGGCCCUCUUUGAUGACCCCCAUUCAUCUGUAGCAGCCAUGAUCAUCGGCCUUCUCUCUCUGCUCUUCAUCCUGAUGUCCAUUGUUUGUUUCUGCCUGGGGACCCACUUCAAGCCCAAAGCUCAGCCACGGUACACGGACGAGGAAAAUGUUGAGACUGAUAUUGAUAUUGAUGCUGAUAUGAUCCUGCCCACGCAUCCUGUCCGUGCAUUGGGGAUUAUAGAGCUUCUCUGCGUCGUCUGGUUCACCUCUGAGUUCUUGAUUCGCAUCAUCAGCUGCCCGAAGAAGUUGAAGUUCAUCCUGAACGUCUUGAACAUCAUUGACUUGAUGGCCAUCCUGCCCUUCUACGUGGCGCUGUGUUUGGGCGCGACUCCUGUCCUGCCGCUGAGACACUCCCUGACGUGUCUACUCAUGGUGGCGCGCUGCCUCCGACUCCUGCGGAUCUUUAAGCUGAUGCGACGCGUGGCGGGCGUUCGGGCGCUGGGCCACUCGCUGCGUGCCAGCGCCGGUGAGCUGCUCCUGCUGGCCGCGGCGCUCUGUGUGCUCAUCCUCACGUUCUCCAUCCUGGCCUUUUACGGAGAGAGAGCUACACAUACAAGUAUCAGUAGCAUGUCUAGGGGUUUGUGGUUUGCGGUGAUUACCAUGACGGGCGUGGGGUACGGAGACAUGUAUCCAGAAUCGUGGCCUGGGAUGGUGGCUGCCGCUCUGUGCGCCAUUGCAGGAGUCUUCUUCAUUGCCAUGCCCAUUCCUGUCCUCGUCAACAAGUUUGCCAAGUACUAUGCCCUGACUGAGGCCAAGCAGAGACGCCGGGCCAAGAGCAGGAGGGGUGAUGGGCGGUCUGAGGGGGCCAGCGCCCCCGUCUGGAGGGGAGUGGAAAACAUCUACAAACAGUGAGAGGAAGAAACCAAGAGAAGCAGGGAUUUUACUGCUGGUGUAUUCUAAGACUGCAUGACAUUCUACGCCUAAUUCUUUAUUUUUUUGUUUUUUUCUGGAUAUCGCCCUGCAGUUCUGUCUGGAAACCUGCACAUUUAUCUCUCCUGCUUCCUUCCCACGUUGGAACCAAUCACAAACUGGCUUAUUCACCAGGUGCAUCCGGAUCAUUGGUCUCGUUGGUUGAAGGACUAUCCAAGCGUAUGGAGUCAUUUGAACAAUGCCCAUUGAUCACACCUCUUGCGCAUGCAGUAGAAAUAUAGCGUAUUGAACUUAGUCUGGAGAUAGCAGGCUACAAAACAGAAAAAUAAGACAUGUCAUUAAAUUACGAAAAUAAAAGAUGCCAAACAGAGUGGUAUGUCUCGCCAGCGUACUCGACACCUAGCAACCUUAAUAGGUGGGUUUCCAUGGAGACCUCUAUUCUGAUUAGAAUCGGAAUAGAAAUGUCAGAGGUUAGGGU